CUCCGAAACGAAACAAUCCCUUUCCUUCUCCCUCAAACCUCAAAUCAAAACCCUUCCCAAGCAAAGCAUCAUUCUCCUCCACUAUAUCACCACCAUGCCUUAUCCCUCUCUAACACUCACAACCAAACACAACCUUUUUUCUCACGCUUUUCUUCACAACAACAAAAUAUGGCAGCAGCAAAAACAACAACAACAUCAGCACAACAGACCUCCUCGGCCCCACUCCGCCUUGACGCGCCACGCAUUCCACCGCUCGCAUACUCGGGCCGGGUCCAGCUCAAGGCGCUGCUGGACCGGCCCGAGUCAGUGGUGGGACGACACGUGAUCGUUGGUGGAUGGGUGAAGUCUGCUAAGGAGGUCAAGAAGAAGGCGGCGGCGCCUCCAUCAUUUGCGACGGCGACGGAAGAAACCACCGACGCCGGGGAAGGAGGGAAGGGCAAGGACGUGUCGUGCGUGGAGAUUCUGCAGUCGAGGAUACCGCUGCUUCGGAGCUUAUUGGAUGUGUUCGGAGGAGGCGGUUACGUGCAGCGCAAGAAACGUGAGAAUGUAAUUGUGCCGAAUCAUAAGGUUUUGCCUCCCAAAGCUUCUACGGCGUAUCUGCUUCUAACGGAUGGGUCGUGCGUUCCAAGCCUUCAGGUUGUUGUUGAUUCUUCAGUAGCCACCCCUAGCAGACUUUUGCCUACUGGAACGUGUCUAUUAGUGGAAGGUCAACUAGAAAGAGCAGAAGGGAAGCAUGCUAUUGAGCUUAAAGCUGAAAAAGUUCUUCACAUUGGGACAGUAGAUUUUGAUAAGUACCCUUUAUCAAAGAAGCGAAUUCCACUAGAUACCUUAAGAGAUUACUCCCAAUUUCGACCUCGAACAACCACGGUGGCAACUGUGGUGCGGAUCCGUAGUUCUCUUUCUUUUGCAACCCACACAUUUUUCAAUGAGCAUGCAUUUAUUGAUGUGCAAGUACCUAUUAUAACUAGCACAGACUCUGAAGGGUUUAGCAACAUGUUGAAGGUUAACACCCUGGAACAGAAAGCAGAGAAGGAGAAACUAGACACAAUUUAUGAGACUGAAGGUGUUAGCCUUGAACAUGUGAAGGCAGCUGCAAAGGAGAAAAGCAACAUUAUUGAGCAUUUGAAAAGAACUGAGAGCAAUAGGGAAGCACUGGCUGCUGCAGUUCAGGAUCUGAGGAAAACGAAUGAACUCGCAUCGCAAAUGGAAGCAAGAGAAAAGAGAAAGUUAGGAGCUUCUUUUAAGGACGAUGACAAAGUAGACUCUUCCAAAGAGUUUUUCCCUUUCCAAACUUAUUUGACUGUCUCUGGACGCUUGCAUCUCGAGAGUUAUGCAUGUGCUCUUGGAAAUGUCUACUCAUUUGGUCCUAGAUUUCUAGCAGAUAAAACGGAUUCUGCUAAACAUGCUGCAGAAAUGUGGAUGGUUGAGGUUGAAAUGGCCUUUUCGCUAUUAAAGGAUUCCAUGAAUUGUGCAAAUGACUUUUUCAAGUACCUCUGCAACUGGGUUCUGAUACAUUGCUCUGAAGAAAUGAAGUUCGUUGCCAAAAGAAUCGACAACACCUGCGUGAACCGUCUUCAGCAGAUUAUAUUAGGUUCACCUGUAAUGAUGACCUACCAUGAAGCUAUAGAUGUUCUUAGAAAGUUGUCCUACCAGGCUGAAGAUAAGAAAUUUGAAACAAAUUUUGAGUCAGGGUUUGCACUCACUUCAGAGCACCUAAGCUAUCUAACUGAUACCAUCUACCAGAAGCCGGUUGUGAUAUACAAUUAUCCAAAAGAAGCUAAGCCAUUUUAUGCUCGCCAGAAUGAUGAUGGAACUGUAGCUGCGUUUGACUUGGUUGUCCCAAAGCUUGGAACAAUAAUAUCUGGUAGCCAAAACGAGGAACGUCUUAACAUGAUAAGCUCCAGGAUUGAUGAGUUAGGCUUGCCGCGAGAGAAGUAUGAAUGGUACCUAGAUCUUCGUCGAAACGGAACAGUGAAGAACUCUGGGUUCACUCUAAGGUUUGACCUGAUGGUCCUCUUCGCAACUGGCCUUGGCAAUGUUAGGGACGUUAUCCCUUUCCCAAGAAGCUAUGGCAAAGCCAAUAACUAAGUAAAAGUUUUGGGCUAAGAUUCAAGUUGCAUAUUCGAGGCUAUUGGCAUUCAAACUUCCAAUAUUUGUGGACCUGAGGAAAUCAUGACACUGUUGUAUGCUUGUGUAACAAUUUAACAUAUGAAUGGAUUACUUGUGUGCCUGAUGUAUAUAUGGAAACGUAUAAUUGAAAUGAAAUUUAUUCAAGUCUUGUGAAGUU